CUGGCUCCAGAUGAUGCCUGGCGCUGUCCCCACUGCCAGGUCCUUCAACAAGGCAUGGUCAAACUCAGCCUGUGGACACUCCCUGAUAUCCUCAUCAUUCACUUGAAACGCUUCCGGCAGGUGGGAGAGCAGCGCCACAAGCUCUCCACUCUAGUGCACUUCCCCCUGCGAGGGCUUGAUAUGGCUCCCCAUGUGGCCAAGCGCAGCCGUGGCAGCAAGUGGGGCCCCUGGAGGCAACCCCUACCAGAAGAGGGCCAGUGUAAUUUUCUCUAUGAUCUGUAUGCUGUCUGCAAUCAUCAUGGGAGUCUGCACGGUGGACAUUAUACAGCUUAUUGUUGCAACAGCUUGGACGGCCGCUGGUACAGCUAUGAUGACAGCACCGUAGAACCAGUCAUGGAAGAGGACAUCAGCACACGUGGUGCCUACAUCCUUUUCUAUCAGAGACGGAAUGUAGUUCCAAGCUGGCCUGAAGGAAGCUCUGUUAGAGGAUCUACAAGCUCUUCCAUUUCAGAGCAUUGGCUGACACGGCUCAGUCGAAGCAGCAAACGAGAGAGCCUGGUGUCCUGGAGCUCAACAACCUGUCCAUCUCUGCCAAAAUCAUCUCACUCUCCUACGCUCCUCAGUCACUCUCCUACCAGCCAGGAGAAAGGAGGAUUCGAGUCUCGUCCAUUGGUUCGGGGUGUGCAGGGCAGAAGUGUCAGCCUGAAAGCUUCUUCUAAUAAGGCCAAGCUGGGCAUCCCCAAGACCUUACCCUUGCGGUGGUCCUUCACCUCCAAAGAUUGGCCAUCAGAGCCCUCCAGGGAGCUUGUAGACUAUCUAGAGUCUGGCCGCAGACCUUGGUUCACAAAGGAAUCCAUUGUCCCUCUCAUAACUAAGGAAGGGGAAGACAAUGAGCUUACGGUCACCAAAGCUAAUCCUGCUCUGACAAGCAUGGGUCCAACUGAGACCAGUUGCAAAACAGCCACUGCUAUGGAAAAUUUAAAUACUCUGAAACGGGUAGUGAAGCCAAAGGAAGAAACAGGCGAGCAGCCACGGACACCCAAAAAACUGGUCCUAUCUCUCAGCACGGUACCUCCAGUAAAAGAUGAAGAACCUAAGACCAAAGCUAAUAUCAAUGGGACCCUGCGCAUUGGUUCAAGUGUGACCUCUUCCAGCCGGGGGGAUGCAGAACAAAAGACUGGGCCCUGGCUUAGGGAGAAGGAGCCAGAGAAUGAGAAACAAUCAGAGGGGAAGUUGGCAGUCUUCAGAGUUGGGUUUUUGCGAAAGGAUCCCAAGCGACACAGUGAGUCUCCCAGACAUGCUGUUAUGACAUCUUCUACAGCCUCCUCUCAGGCAUCCUUCUCCAAUGGAACAUUAAAUAUAAUCCCUGGCAGCAGGACAAACAAUGCCCUGAAUCCCAGAUCCACAGAGGGGCUGUCCAAUGGACGGAUCUCCCGUUCUGAGGUGGACAUUAAGCGCGCUCAGAGCAGCUGCAACAGCAAGGGAAGGAAUGACUGGUUACUGAACAGGUCAACUACUCUCUGCAAGGCAAACAAUGGGACCUUGCAGGCCUCUAUGACACCACUCCCUUUAGAGGGCAUUUCCUGUGGCACCUUCCAGCGGGCAAGGUAUCAUACAGCAUCCUUGGGCAGGAGGAUAAUAGUACCAGAAUCCAGCUUCUGAAAUGCCUAGCAGCUCUACCUGAAACAGCAGAAUCAUGUCAACCUUUGGUGCUUAUAACUUCUCAGGCCUUUGAAGAAGCUCUGCCAAUUGAUAGAAAGCUUGGACACUGUUUGCUUUCUAUUGGUUUGUUCAGACAAAAGUUACUAAAUCCAAAUGGUGCUGAUGAACCUGUUUAGCCUGGAUGUAUGGAUGCAGCAGGGAUCUUGUAGACCAAGAUGUUAAAAAUGGGGGGAAGAGAAACAUGGGGGAAGAUAUUAAAUUAUUUAUUCUGCAGUUUUAACUGGGAACUUUUGAAAGGAUAUGCUGCUUUGUAACAGCAUUUAUUUUGGUACCAAGGUAUAGAAAGGAUAAAGAAUCUAAACAUUGCUCUAUGCAAUCAUCCCAGUGUUUAUAUUUUCUGCAAAACUUUGUGUUUAUUUGUUUUUUUAAAAAAUACUUAAAACGAAGGGUGAGCAUUAACAGCUUUGGGAAUCAGUGCAGCAAAUGGGAAGGCUAAUUCGGGAGAUGUCUAUUCUCCAAGAGAUGUGGGAUAAAUUUGUUCUUGUUGUGUUGGCUGAAAAUGAACAUUAGGGCAGCAUCCUGGACUCCUCCAGUGUUUAAAAAUAUUCACAGAAAAAACAUGUUGAAUAACACUGUUCAUUUUCUUCUACCUGUUGAUGGUAAUCAAAGCUAACUUUUUUAUAGUCUAGCUUACCUACCUCAAAUUUUCUGGUAGUCAUCCAUCCAAAUGCCAGCCCAGUCUGAUCCAGCUUCACUUUUUUAUGACAGCCAAGAUUGCGUUGAUCCUGCCACCUUCUGUGACCAAUACAGAUAACUAGAAUUUUCUUCACAGGAAACAUAAAAGGUGCUGUUUUUCCCAUUAUUGUGAAUAGAUUAAAUAUGAAAAGCAAAGGUGAUAGAGGAGGAGCCAAGAAAAAGCUUGGACAUUUCUAGAGUGCCUAAUAUUGUUGACAUCAAAUAAGUAUAAUGAACAUCAGGAACAAAUGUCCAUCAAUCAAUCUGAAUAGAACUUGGGACCUUGGAGGUCUUCUAGUUCAACCCCUGCUCAAGCAGGAGACCCUAUACCGCUUCAGAUAGAUGUCUGUCCUGUCUUUUUUUUUAAAAAAAAAAACUCCAGUUAUGAAGCACCUACAACUUCUAUCCAAUUGGAUAUUCCAGAGACAUAUUUGAAGAUAUGGGAUAGAAAAUUGGAAGAGGUAAAUUUGGGGGUGAUUAAUGUAAGAAAGACAAAGCAAACUGUGCUUUAUGUAGCAUACUUUAUUCAUACUUAAGAAGAUGAUAGUAGAGAACAAGAACAUGGGAAGGGUAGAAAGCAAAGGAAGAAAAAGGAAACAGAUGACUGUCACAGAAGUUCAAGGCAUAGAAGAAAGUAUGUACAUAGCAAAGUCCUCAAUAUUGUUAAGGAGAAUGGGGAUAACGUUUUUGGGAUCCGGCAGGGUGUAGAACAUCUAUGAUUUAAAAGGAGGGCAAUUAUAGCGGAGUGUAAAGGGUGGGGAAUAGAUAAAAAGAAAAGAAAAAGGAACCUAAGUAGCUAUUGAAGCACAAGAAAACACAAAACAGCCAUUGUAUUAGGACUCUGAUUAUUCCCGUAAGCAUUUCGGUUAAUUUGUGUCAUUUCAUUAUGUAAUUUAUGCCACUCGCUCAAGGAAAGAAGCUCAUGAUUGGCAUUUUAUAUUACAGAUCUCUUCAUAAAGGAAUUCAUUAAAACACAUACGGGAAUAAAUACGGCUUCACAAAC